AUGGAGGUCCAGGAUGAAAUCAUGUUAAACCCAUUAAAAAGACGUUUUGAAGACAUGGACUCCAAGCCCGAAACUGGUGAUGAUACCUCUAUACCUAGCGAGUAUGAGAGGAAGGUGUAUGAAGUGGCAAUGAGCAGGAAUACAAUAGCAGUGUUGGAGAAUGGGGCUGGGAAAACCGCGAUACAAACUAUGAUGAUCAAAGAAAUUGGGAAAACUUUAAAGAAUAAUAAGUGUGAAAAAAAGUUGAUUAUUUUCUUAACACCCACUGUUCAUCUUGUUCAUCAGCAAUACGAGGAGAUAAAAUCUCACACAGAGCUUGAAGUGGAAGAAUACUAUGGAGCUAAAGGGGUUGAUGUGUGGAAUGUCAAGACUUGGGAGAAGGAAGUUGAUGAGCAUGAUGUGUUGGUUAUGACACCUCAAAUUUUGUUGGAUGCUUUAAGGAAGGGAUUCUUGAAUUUUCAAGUAUUAUGUUUUAUUAUACUAGACGAAUGCCAUUUUGCUUCCCGUAAACAUCCUUAUGCAAAGAUUAUGAAGGAAUUUUAUCACAAAUCUUCCAACCGGCCCAAGAUUUUUGGGAUGACAGCUUCUCCUGGGAUCAGAAAUGGCCUUUCUGGAUCCGGCUUCUUUUCCAACGGAGACUGUCAGAAGCAAAUAUCGGAGCUCGAAAGUCUCUUGGAUUGCCAGUUAUAUACAAUUGAGGACAGGGUGGAAACGAAAGAAUUCAUCCUCAUGGCAAACCAGAAUUCCAGACUUUAUGUUCCGGCCAUGCCUUCCAAUUUGGAAUUAAAAGAGGAAUUAGAAUCUUCAUGUUCUAAGGUACAUACAAUUGGGGACAGGAUGGAACCGAAAGAAUUCGUCCCCUUGGCAAACCAGAAUUGCAGACUUUAUGAUCAGGAUUUGCCUUCCAAUUUGAAAUUGAAAAAGAAAUUAGAAUCGCCUUGUUCUAAGGUAUAUACAAAUGAGGACAGGACGGAACCGAAAAAAUUCAUCCCCAUGGCAAAGCAGAAUUGUAGGCUUUAUGAUCCUGCUGUGCCUUCCAAUUUGGAAUUGCAAGACAAAUUAGAAUCUUCAUAUUCUAAGUUUGAUGCUGUUUUGCUGGACUUCCAAAAGUCGCUACAAAGUCAGCACAGAGAUACUGACGAUAAAUGUGAGAUUCUGAGGAAAAGAUUGGAAAGUGAUCAUGCAAAGAUUCUGUUUUGCCUUGAAAAUCUCGGGCUUCUUUGUGCUCACGAGGCUGUUAAAGUCUGUCUUGAGAAUGCUCCAGAUGUUGAAAAAGAAUGUGUAUUUUACCGUGAAGGAGCUUUGCGUUGUGUAUAUUUUCUUGAAGAAGUGUUGUCAAUAUUUGAAGAAUCAUUGCCAGAAGAUCAUGAGAAACUUCUGGAUGUUCAUUAUGGUGGUUUGGAGGCUAUUGCCAAGGGCCAAAUAUCUUCAAAGCUACAUGAGCUCCUCGAAAUUUUUAGAUCAUUCGAGAAAGCUAGACAAGUCUCGUGCAUCAUAUUCGUUGAAAGAAUAAUUACUGCUAAAGUAAUUGAAAGAUUAUUAAAGAAAAGUACAGACUUGUCCCAUCUUACAGUUUCAUGGUUGACUGGAAGUAACUCUUCAGUUAAUGAACUUGCUCUGAAAGUACAAAGAGAAACCUUGGAAUCAUUCCAAUGUGGGAAAGUCAAUCUUUUGUUUGCUACUGGCGAUGUUGAGGAGGGAACUCAGGUGCCCAAAUGUUCCUCUGUAAUAAGCUUUGAUUUACCAGAGUCAGUCCAUAGGUUUGUUUGGUCAAAGAGCCGAGCUUGUCAAGAUGAUUCCCAAUAUAUCUUGAUGCUAGAGAGGGGAAACAAAAAUCAAAUAGAUACAAUGUUUAAUCUCGUUCAGAGUGAGUAUUCUAUGACUGAUAAAGCCAUAACAAGAGACACUGAUGGUUCUUUUACAAAAGCUUCUGCUACAAAGGAAGUACCUGCAUACCUUGUGGAGGUGACUGGGGCAUCAGUAGCUGCAAAUUCUAGCAUCAGCCUUGUACAUAGAUAUUGUGACAAACUUCCUAGAGAAAAUAACGUUGUUCUCAAGCCAACUUUUGAGUGCUUCCAGGAGGGGAGCUUUUAUAGAUGUAAACUGGUUCUACCUCCCGGUGCACCCUUUCAAACUAUCACUGGUCCUGAAUCUAGAAGCCGGCAUUUAUCCAAACAACUUGUUUGCUUGGAUGCAUGUAAGAAGCUGCACAUGAUGGGGGCUCUCAACGAUCAUCUUCUUCCUGUCAAUGAAGAGCCUCCACAGAAUGAUUCCACCCUGAAAGGCAACAUGUUAACUUCUGGUGCAGGAACAACGAAGAGGAAGGAAUUACAUGGGACAACCUGUGUGCGCACGUUGUCUGGGAACUGGGGAGACAGAGAUGAUGGUGCCUGUUUUCAAGCAUACAAAAUGGAAUUCUCUUGUAGCAUUGCUGAAGUGCAUUAUUCCAGUUUUCUUCUCUUACUCGAAUCAAAGCUGGAUGAUGAUGUGGGAAACAACGAAGUGGAACUCUUCUUGCUCAAAAAGUUUGUUAGAUGUUUUGUUUCUUUCCAUGGUGAAAUAUAUCUGGAUUCUCAACAGAUGGCAAAAGCAAAAUGCUUUCAGGAGCUAUUUUUCAAUGGUUUAUUCGGAAAAUUGUAUGUCAAAUUGUCAGGGAAAAGAAGAUUUUUACUUGACACUGAGGAAUCAUUAUGGGAUCCUCUAAAUAUGUAUCUGCUUUUGCCCCUGGAUUCAGUAGACAAACCUACCGGCGAACUUCUGGAUAUCAGUUGGACUGGAAUUGAAUCUUGUGUUUCGGUGGUAGAAUUUUUGAAGAAAAAUGCUUGGCUAAAAAUUCUUGAACCGAAGGAUGACUCUGAAAAUUCACUAAUUCACUCGAAUGAUUCAGUUACAACUAAAUUCAAUGGCCAUGUCAUUGAGUUGGCCAAUAAAUCUGUUUCUGUAGACAGCCUCAAGGAAAUGGUGGUUGUGGCCAUCCAUACUGGCAGAAUUUAUUCUAUUGUGCAUGCCGUUGAUAACACAUCUGCUGAAAGCCCAUUUGAAGCAGAAGAUACCAAUUUUCAGUCGUAUGCUGAUUAUUUUCACAAAAAGUAUGGAAUUGUUCUAAAGCAUCCUGAACAGCCUCUGUUGCUUCUGAAGCAAAGCCAUAACUCACACAAUCUUCUUGUGGAUUUCAGUAAGGAAGGUGGAAAUAAAUCUAAAAAUAAAUGGACAACGGGCAUAGAACAACAACAUGCUCACAUGCCCCCAGAACUUUUAGUAGGCACUGAUAUCAGGACCGACAUCUUGAAGCCAUUCUACCUUCUACCCUCAAUAAUGCACCGUCUGGAAUCUCUGAUGUUGGCCAGCCAGCUUAGAGAUGAAAUUGCAGGCCCUGCUGGCGGCUUACAUAUAAAAAGCUCCUUGAUUCUGGAAGCUCUCACUACUCUAAGAUGCAAUGAAAGUUUUUCCAUGGAGCGCUUGGAGUUGCUUGGAGAUUCAGUUUUGAAGUAUACUGUUAGCUGCCACCUCUUUCUUAAGUAUGCCAAGCUUCAUGAAGGACAAUUAUCUAGUCGUCGUUCGAGGGCUGUUUGUAAUGCAACUCUACAUAAAUUGGGAACUAAUCGCACCUUGCAGGAAUAUAUACGUGAUUGUGCAUUUGAUCCGCGUCAAUGGACUGCUCCUGGACAACGUUCUAUAUGGCGUACUCCGUGUGAUCAUGAGGUGGAUACCAGGGAAGUGCCCAUGGAUGAUAAAUUCGUAACUGAAGAUGAAAAACUAGUCGUUGGAAAGAGUUGUGAUAAAGGACAUCGGUGGAUGGGUUCAAAAACCGUCUCUGAUUGUGUUGAAGCACUCAUUGGGGCAUACUAUGUAGGUGGCGGUUUGACUGCUGCUAUUCAGUUGAUGAAGUGGUUAAGCAUAGGUGCCGAAGUUGAGCCUUCGUGGGUAGAUGAUGUUAUUAAAACAGCAUCACUCCGUUCUUAUACCCCAAAAGCUAAAGAUAUUAAAUUACUAGAGUCGAAAAUUGGUUAUGAAUUCUCCGUGAAGGGAUUGUUGCUAGAAGCCAUAACACAUGAACACGAGCAAGGUGUUGACUACUGUUACCAGAGGCUUGAGUUUCUAGGCGACUCAGUGUUGGACAUACUUGUUACAUGGCAUCUUUACCAAAGUCACCCAGAUGUAGAUCCGGGGGAGUUGACAGACUUGCGGGCUGCCUCCGUUAGUAAUGACAAUUUUGCCAUUGCUGCUGUUAAACAUAAUCUUUACCUGCACCUUCAAUAUGGAUUUUCAAAUCUUGGAAGUCAAAUAUCAGAAUAUGUAAAGUCUGCAUCAGAUUUAAGCAAAACCUCAAUAUUAACUCAAGCUAUAAAAGCUCCAAAGGUACUUGGGGACUUGGUGGAAAGCAUCGCCGGUGCAAUGCUUAUUGACACCAACCUUGAUAUGAAUAAAGUCUGGAAAGUCUUUAAGCCGCUAUUGUCUCCAAUAGUGACUCCUGAUAAUCUUGAACUUCCUCCAUGUCGUGAAUUGAUUGAAUUAUGUGACUCUCUUGGCUACUUUAUUAAAGUCAACUAUACACUGAAAGGAAACACAAUGAACGCAGAACUUAAGUUACAACUUAAAGAUGUGAUGUUGCUUGGGCAUGGAUCGGGACAUGACAGGAAAGCUGCAAAGGGGAUGGCAGCUGUUGAUCUGUUGAAACAAUUAGAGGCAAGACGGAUUGUAUCUUCCAAGCGGAAAAAGCAAGGGACCAAUGAUGUCGACGAUUCUUCCCGAGGCUUAGAUUGCAGUAUCAUCAGCCAGACACACAACCGAACUUCUGAACCGCCACAGAAAAAGCUGAAGCUUGUCACCCCAGUUAUGCCACCUAUUAACAUGAACAAAGGAGGACCUCGGUCCUCACUUUUUGACCUCUGCAAAAGGCUACAGUGGCCAUUGCCUACUUUCCAGACAUACGAGGAAAAAUCCAAAACUCCAUUUACAUUCGGUGACAAGCAAGGCUUCAAUAAGUUUGAAUCGCGUAUCAAAUUGGUUAUACCCGACUUUGGUGUUAUAGAGCUCACAGGCGAGGCAAGAGCCGAUAAGAAGGCUUCACUUGAUUCGGCUGCUCUUCUCAUGCUGUAUGAACUCGAGAGACAGGAAAAGGUCAUCAUAAGCGUAGAAUGA